UGGACCCCCGAGGCCUCAUCCCGGAUCGAGUUGAGGCUGAUCGGUUGCAGGCCCUGGUCGAUGUCAUCACAUGCGUAAUUAAGUCAUAAUAAACAACAUUUGUGUGUCUGUGGGACUUUUAAUUUUGCCAGUAUCCCAAGACGAUGAAAAUCGCGACUGUUUCUUUACCCUCUCGGGCAAUAAAGACAUCACAGGAGGCGUUAAUAAGACGUCCAAACACCAAAUAAUGCGUCGAGUCUGCAUUAACUACACGAACUUGUGCGUGGAACACUUCAAACAAACAUUCUCUCAUCGUAUACGGAUUCAAUCUUGAUUUGAAGCUUUCGUGACUGCAGAAAUCCAUAGCCUUUGGUUAUUUCGGUAAAGUCUCGUAGGUAGAGAAAUAAAAUAAUUAGUAGCGACACGGGACAAAUGUGAUUCUCGUGAUUUAAUAAAACUCGUGGUGUAAUCGAGUUGCCGGCACGUGUCCGUCUCCCUUGCGUCUCUCCACCGGCCUCGACAGUGUACUCUGAAUAGGGGCAGUUGCCUGGAACGUCGCCUAUUCUGUAAUAGUCUCGUUCAGGCCACAAGUGUUAACUACUGCAGCAUUUGCAUCCAUUUGUAGUCGUUAACAACGUAGUCGAAUGUUAAUAAAACGCGUCGUGUUCGUGAUGAAGCGAAGUUGUGACUUGUCUAUUCCAUUAUUUUCUUUCCACAACAACAAAUCUCGCAUACCCCAGAAAGGGCUUCUCUCUCUCACACACCCAGGGGCCUGCGUGAUGCACCCCAGGUGAAGAUUAAGAAGAACCACUGCUCCUAGGAACAAUGCUUUUAGUUUUUAACUAGACGACCAGUGUUGCGUUAACCAUGAGUUUAAAACUGUCCGUCGUGUCCGUGAUAACUGUCAAGUGUAGUUCUGUCCCAAUGUAGCAGCAGCACCACCAUCAGUAGCAGCAGGGCAAUGGGCUUGCGACUUCAUUGAUAACGAGGCCACUGGUAAAACCAGGCCGGGUCAGUCUGGACACACCAGGAGGGUUGGUAGAGACAACAAGACUUUGGUUGGGUUCCAUCCCCCUCCGAUCGUGUUUUAAAUGAGAAUAGGUUUGAUCCCUUUUUUUGUGUUUGGAAACAGAACCGGCGUUAAGAUGUUCCACAAACACCAAAUGGAUUCCUUUGUUGUUGUUAGGAAUCAUGGCUGCAUUAACCACACGUACUUGUGGCAAAACAUACAAACGUGCUAUGAUAAUAUCUGCAUUGUCUUUUAAACUGAUUGGCCUGCACCAGAGAUGGCCUUCUUCAAUCGAUUUCUUGUAAUCAAGAAAUCGAUUGUUGAUUACAGCACACGCAUUCAACACGCCCAUGUCUGUGUGUAAUCAUAUUACAAGGAAUCAACCUGAAAAUUCACAACCAUGAAUGUAAUCAGAUUACAAGUAAUCAACCCUAACAUAAUCACGUGACGACGAUGAUGAUGUUGCUGAUGUUGUUGAGAGAGAGUAAAGCAGGUCCGGAGAUCACUCGUUCACUGAAGUGGUGAGCCCUGGUGUCUCUUGAAGACACGGUUACAACCACAACCACCGUGCCCACAACAACAACAACCACCACCAGCACGACAACAAUUACCGGCGAUGAUGGACGGCACUCAUCUCGACCGUAAGGCCGACCCCACCACGCCCCGGGUCAACGUGGCCACAGACUCCACGCUCAAACCUCAUAAAGGUGGCGGUGGCGGAGGGAUUCACUUUGGCCAGGUUCCCCAAUGGCUGGCGCUUCAAUUUGAGUCUGGGGCCCUGCACGCCGUAUCAGCGCUCACGCAGUACAGCCAGACUUACGGGUUGACGCUCCGCCUGGCAGAGGUGGACUCAGUGGACGGGGUGCUUGGUCAUCACUUCACGGUGGCCGCGUUUCUGAGUGGCGACCGCGUCUCCGUGGCCGUGGGGCGCAGCAAGAAGGAGGCGCGUGAAGCGGCAGCAAUCGCCGCCAUGAAGCUGCUGCUAGGCUGGCAGGGAGAUUGCAGCGGUGGCCAGCAGAGGAGGCCGGGGCAGCAGGCGAUGGGGGCAGCUGAGGCUGAGAAGACUCGGGGAUGCACAGAGGUGACGGUGCCGGGGCCGCUGCUGCUGGAGUUGGGCAUGGGGCCCGAAGCCCAGGAGGCUGUGGCGAGGGCCGUGCGGGAGAAGUGUGCGGAGCUCGUGGAGAUGGGGGGACGCUCCCUCGUGGGGGGCAGUGACGGCGCAACCCCCCGGCUGGCGGCGUUCCUUAUCAAGCGCGUGGGGCACCCGUUCCGAGUGGUCGCCGUGGGAACCGGCUGGGGCAUCUGCUCCGAGACGCCCAGCGGCACGGGCCGAGUGAUCCUCGACUCGCACGCCGAGGUGACGGCACGCCGCUCCCUUCAGCGGUACCUCUACCGCCAGCUCCUGCUACUCCAAGCCGGUGAGGGGACGGUGCUCUGCAGCACUACCGCUGCUACCCCCGCUGACGGGCGGCUGCGCUACAGUCUGCAACCGGGGGUCACGCUCCACCUCUACCUGGACCAGCUGCCCCGCGGGGCUGCCCUAGCCUACCGCCACGGAUCUCAGAACCUGCAGCAGGUGCUGGCGACGGGAGAGAGACACCUGAUUUCGGCCUACACGGCCCCACCGGCCCCACCAGCCCUGCAGACCCCUCAGGCCUCGCAGGCCACGCCAGCCGCGUCAUGCCAGUCCCAGCUACCGAUAGCCGUGAUGAGCGGCAGUGACAAGCUGAUGCGCUGGGAGGUGCUGGGAGUGCAGGGCAGCCUCCUCAGCAUCUUCCUUGAGCCCGUGUACAUCAGCUCCAUCACACUGGGUGGAGCGGAGGCCUCGUGGAACUGUGUGGAGUCGCUGCGGUCGGCGGUGCACGGCCGCGUGUCGCUGCGCCUCUGCGCUGAACUCCCCGGCGCCUACCUCACCAACAUUGCGCACAUCGGCCACGUGCCCCCAACCGGGGGACCACGGAGGAGGGGGCCAGGGGAAGAGGCCGUGAACUGGAGCGAGGGCGACAGCAGCGUGGAGGUGGUGGAGCCGGCGACGGGGAGAGAGUCGCCCACGUCCCCGUUUGUGUCGUCCCAGCACCACGCGAGUCGUCUGUGCAAGGCGGCCAUGCUGUCUCGCCUGCGCCUCGUGGCGUCUCGCUCCUCUUCCACCUCCUCCACCUCCUCCGUGUCCACGGCACCGGCCGUGUCCGUCCCGGCGCUGCUGUCGCUGUCGUACAGCGCGUGCAAGGCGCUGGCAAGCGACUACCAGCAGGCCAAGGCCGCUUUCCACCGCCACGCUCACCACCUCGGCCUGGGAGCCUGGCAGACCCGCCCCAGCACGCUCACCGCCUUCACCCGCUGAGCGCUCGCUCAACGCUUGCUCAGUCGCUCGCCACCACCACGCUCAUCACCAUCGCGUCCACUCGCCACGCUCGUCACCGCCGCCACGCUCACUCGUCACAGCCACUUUCACCGCCGCUACGGUCGCUACCGCCGGACUCGCCACCGCCACGCCCACCUCCACUAUGGUGUCCACCACCACCACCACGCUCAUCACCCCCACACUCGGCACCAUCACACUCGCCACCACUCUCGCCACUACGCUGACCACCAUCACGCUCGUCACCACGAUCGCCACCACAACGCUUGCCACCAGCAAACUCGCCACCACGCUUCCCAGCACCACCACCACCACCACGCUCAUCGCCCCCACACUCGGCACCAUCACACUCGCCACCACUCUCGCCACUACGCUGACCACCAUCACGCUCGUCACCACGAUCGCCACCACAACGCUUGCCACCAGCAAACUCGCCACCACGCUUCCCAGCACCACCACCACCACGCUAACUUUCACCUGUUGAUUUGUGUUGCCGCAUUGUGUUGGUACGAGGAGGUUCAUAAUAGUUGUCAAGUUCACGGUGGCCAUGGCAAAGACACUGAGCCAGCACAGCUGAGAUCCUGGGCCCGAGCCCUGGGUGUCUCUCGGGGAGUUCAUGAUGGCCGUGUCGCAGAAACCAAGCCAACACAGCUGACAACCUUAGUUUGAUUACUUUCCAAUGGGGUUCACAAUGGCCACGUCAGGUUCAUAAAUGUCCGUGCCGGUGCCACGGUGGCUGCGCGUUCCACCGGUUCCGUCUACAAGUCUUCGCUCUUCGUUUCCCUGUGCCCUCCGCCUCCAGUUUGAGGCCUCCACCGUCUUGUCCACCGUGUGCACGCCGUGAUCUGCAAGGCCACUGUCGGCGCUGCAGUUUCUUUGCAAAAAAAAACAAUAAAACCGCACUGCUCAAACGCUCGCACCGCAGCCGUGCACGCGUUCGUGGGAAGGGAACGAGGAGAAAAUAGGAACUAGGAUGGGAAGGGAGCAGAGAAACGUGAGCAAACGGGAAGGGGGGGGGAAAGAGGAAUGACCAGGCCACGGUGUGUGGGGCUGAUGAAGAGGGUGGUUGACGGGUCAUGAUUCGAGCGGAGGAGGGAAGAGAGAAGGAGGGAGCAGACAUGGUGAGCUGC